GUCAGCCGAGACCGAGUUUCGAAUCCUAACCGACAAUCCGAUAUUCCGAUCCGGCAUUCCAAUUUCCAAGUGUGUAGUGAUAGAGUAGGUUUUGUUGCCGCGGAAGAAUCGUUGUCGUUUGUAGUGUGCAGUGCACGAAUUCAGCAUUAUCGACUUAUCGUUAUCAUGUGCCGCCGCCGUUGCGAUCCCACGCCAGAAGGACGUAAAUCGUCGGCGUGACCUACCAAAAUCUCUCGUGUUUACUAUCAAAACUUCGUCGGCGGCACGUUUUGCGCGCGCGUCUCAUCGACCACCUAACAACUCGCCUGACGACCGAAACAGAUAAUCAAAAAGAAAAUGAUGGCAGACAUAUCUACAAAAGAAUCUCCAUGUUAUAACAAUUCAUUAACUACGUCAACACCUUACAAGAGUAUAGAUGACAGUGGUUACAAUACACCAAGUUAUAAUGUUUCCUCUAAUCUCAGUCAGAUAUCUGAAGUAUCUAUUUCAUUUGAUCAUACACCAUCAGAUAUUGAUUCACUUCAAUUAUCUUCACCAACUCAUGAUUUUACCUUAGACAAAAACCAUAGGAAAUUAGAAGAUAUUACCAAUACAGUCGAGUCUCCAACAAAAAAAUUUAAAUUGUGCUCUGACUUACAAUUUAGUUUUCGUUUAAAUGAAAGUUCAAACAAUGAUGACAGUCAGUUCUUAAAAAGAAAAAACUACACUCUACCAAAAAAUUUGAACCGUGAACGUACUUCUAUAGAAGGUAGAGAAAAGGUUGAUUUUAUGUAUUUUUUAUCAGAGCGUUAUCAUUUCCAACCAGUCAUUGAAAAAAUAUUAUCUUUUUUAUCUGGAAGUGAUAUUUUGUCAAUGUCUAUGGUAUCUAAAAUUUGGUCUACUGCUAUUGAAAAUUCCCCAAUUGCUCAAAAAAAAAAACAAAAGUAUUUUAAACUAUCAAAAGAAAAUCGCUAUGUAUAUGCUGGCCGAGACCGUUCAGCUUUUAAUAACAAAGGAUGUCUAGCAAAUAUUAGCAACGUUAUGCGUUCUCCAUCAAAAAGAGAAUUACCUCAAAGAAGUCCACCUGUUAGUCCGAGUAAAUAUAGAUUCCACGUAUUUCAAAAAGAAGCCAAAAAAUUAAGUUCAGAUCAGCAAUUGGUCCCGUGCCCACGGUGUUCAAGACCAGCAUCAUGGUCACCUUCCCAAUCAACACGAGCUGAAUGUAAAGGGUUUCAUUGUAAAUUCAUCUUUUGCACUGAGUGUAAGUGUGAAUAUUCUAACACAUUUGAACACAAAUGUCUAUGUACACCAAUUAUAUCAAUGUCAUAUAACUGUCGGCCAAUGAUGUACAACUUGAGCAGAAGGAAACAUAACUUGAGAAGAUUGUAAGUAAAUGUAAAUUUUAUUAAAACAUUUUACUUCUUGACUUAGUGUCUUAAAAUGUUUCCUAAACAUAAGGAGUUUUUAUGCUUUUAUUUAAAUAUGUAUUUGUAAUAGUAUGAGAUCAUAAUUUUUUUUUAUGUUGUUGUUAUUAAUAUAAUUAA